UAAAGGACCAAAGGAAGAAUAGUCGUGGUUCCAGCCAGAGGCUUUGCUGUGGAAUAAGAGUUUCUCAAUCCAGAGCAGCUUUGCUCACUAACUCGGGAAUUACAGCUGUUAUUAAGGAGCGCUUGGAGUGGCUUUGGGGAGUGCGCCAGGGGAUAACCGCAGGAACGACACUCUCUCUCGUGCGCUGUCUCAUUUUUCAGCCGUUCUGGGGGGUCUGUUCUCUUCUGAUCACUGCCAUGGAGCCGAACAGCCCUAAAAAGAUACAGUUCGCCGUGCCGUUAUUUCAAAGUCAAAUAGAUCCUGAAGCUGCUGAGCAGAUCAGGAAAAGAAGGCCUACACCAGCUUCACUAGUCAUUAUGACUGAUUCGCCUCCUGAAAUAGAUGACAAGAGAAUGAACAACAACUCCCAAGAAGAAUCACAGAAUGCCUCCCCAAAACAAAGGAAGCAGAGCGUCUACACCCCUCCAGCCAUGAAAGGGGUUAAGCACCUGAGAAACCAGACUGACUCUGCAUUCCCAGAGGAAGACGAAGGGGUCAACGAAAGAGACGAAGAGUGGAGCCCGUAACCGGCUCCGAGGGUCUGUAGGAGAACCUUUCUUGUUAAUAACUGAACUGCUAAACUUUCUGUACUUACAAUGGAACUCCGAUGCUUUGUGUUCCUGACCCAAAGCAGUCUUCAUCUCAGUACCCAACAGCAGGAAAUAUUUUGUGGUAGAAUCGACAGAGGUUUGCUGAAUUGGCCUGUGAAACCUUAUAACUGGGGGUGGGGGGAGAUUACCCUUUCUUUUACAGUCAUUUUCCUUCUUCUUUUAAAUGACUUCGGAUAUGCCCUUUGCAAACAUGUUAAGUCUUCUCUCUUUAGAGCUGCCCCACCUUAAAUUCGGAAUGCAGUCUAAAAUUUAUUGUAAAUAGCUCACAUUUGAAUGCUGAGAAAU